UACAAUGGAUGACACAAUAAAGAGGCCUUCACUUUUAACUGUGUUGUUAGUAUGCUGGUCCAUGACCUUGACAAGAGGUAAAAGGUCAACUCUCAACCAAACCAUGGAACUUGUUCAUGAUCUAAUGGAAAACUAUGACAACAGGCUAAGGCCAGUUUUUGAACAAUUUGCAGUAGUUGUAGUGAAUAUGAACUUCAGUUUGGAAAUGAUUCGAUCGUUUGAUGAUGUUUCCGGGGAAAUCUCACUUCUAGGUACAUUUACUAUGCAAUGGUUGGAAGAGCGACUACAAUGGACACCUGAAGAUUAUGGCAAUAUCACAAAAAUCAUUCUACCAAAAACAGAUGUAUGGCACCCUGACUUGUUUUUGAAGACAUCUCUCAAUACAUUGAGUCAACCAGGAAAAGCGGCAACAAAAGUUUCUGUUUCAUAUGAUGGAAAGGCGACAUUGUCAAGUACAGACUUGCUAACAUCUGUUUGUCCUGUUGACAUUCAACACUAUCCGGAUGACUUUCAAAUAUGCAAACUAACAACUGUUCCAACAGGAUAUACAGUAGAUGAAAUAAGACUAGGGAAAUCUAUGUCAGUAAUACACAAUAUUCCAACAAACAAUGAAUGGAAUAUUCUUGAAAUAAUUACGUCUGCUGAAAGGGGUGAAUAUGACAUCACUAUAAAUCUACAACGUCGUAAUAUGUACGGUUUAAUGACAAUGAAAAUUCCGAUACACUUGCUUGGCGUUUUGAAUUUCUGGGUGUUUUUCCUUCCUCCAGAUUCUGGGGAGCGUGCUUCAUUUUCAAUUACAACGUUCCUUGCUUUCACUGUGUAUAUGGGAAUACUGACAGACAACAUGCCAAAAGGCUCAUUGCCUGUAGCUAACCUCAUGUUACAAGUGUUUAUAAUGCUUAUAUACAGUGCAGCUAUCUUAUUCUGUACAAUCAUUUCACUGCAAAUACAUACCAAUCAAGGGAAAAAACCUGUUCCAAGUCACAUUGAGAAAAUAGCUAAAUUUCUAUCAUUUAAUUACCUGUACAAGAGAAAUGCAAAGGUUUCCAGCCAAGGCACCAGUCACAAUGAAAUAAAAAGUCCAAUGUCAGCAACCCCACAGAACCCCAUGACUAAAAAGAAAUUUUCACUUCGGAGGUACUCAACAUCAUAUUUUACUCAGGAAAGUUUGCCUGACACCCAGGACACAGAUUUUCCUACCACUAUUCCAGAAGAAAACUUAGGUCAUGUCCCAUGUUAUGAAGACAAAAUGACCUGGACACAAGUGGGAAAUAUUUUUGAUGCUUAUAUGUUAUUGUUGUUUCUCACAUGGUUUGCUGCGGUGUCUAUAUUUUAUAAUGUAACCGCUGCAGUUUAAACUAGACCCAGUAACAGCCCAGCCAUGCUUUGAAUUUAAUUAACUUUUGCCCUGCAGGAAUGAAAUGUGAUUAACCUUUGGCAUAAAUAUACAUCCAGACCAGCCUACAUGGCCUAAUUCUAAAUGUUCAUGAUGUUAUCUUUAAAAUUGACAAUGGAUAUUUCCAAAACUGGAAGCUGGAAGUCUAUUUAAUUGUAUGGCAUGCAGCAGACUAAAAGGUAGCGUGGUUCUUAAGCAUUUAAUUCAUAAGCAAGUUUCUCUUUAUUGUUAUAAGUAAUCAGACAGUUAAUAUGUAACACAUGACUUUGACAUGACUUUGAUUGUGAAGUUUUUUAACUUGAUCAAAAAUUAUCUUAUUUGUGGAAGAGUGUUAAUAAUAAAAAUUUAGUUUAUAUGUGUAGAAAUAAAGAAUUAAGACUGAAGGAACAUUCUUUGGUGUCUCAUUUAGUGGAACAGUGUACUAUACUUCAUUAAAUUGAGAAAAUUAUUCUUAUGUUUGACUGAAUAUU